ACGGCGCGAAGUUGGCACUUGGGAGCGAUACCAAUUUCACUUUUAUAGGGGGAUUCGUAAGCGCUGUACUGUUAUUGACGUACACUUGUAAAACGAAUGCAAACUUAAUGAGGAAAUUUUUAUAUUGUGUAGCGUUAAAUAGGUACACAUUUCGCUUAGGACAGUCAUCCAACAGGUUUUGUUUUCUUAAAGAAACCCCAUGCAGUGCUGACGAAUGAAAUCGCCCAGAAGAAGGAAAUGUGGAGAUCUCAAACAGAAGAUCAAAAUAUGUAUACAGGAUCUCAUUAUUGUUCAUAAUUAUCACAAGAACGCGUUUAUUAAUCGUUAUUGUUCCCCUCUGAGUGAGUCGUGCAGGUGUGUUUUGAAAAAAAAACGUGACCACAAUGUCUCAAGUGACCCUUUUGGAAGAGGUCUCUCAGUGGAACCAGGAGACCUGUCAACAAGAGCUCAAAACGGUCCUGCCCAAACUAGUUGCCAUGCAUCAUGACACUGACAGCUGGGAAGAGCACACAAAUAUUCUUCAAAUAAUCACAAGCAGGUUCCUCCCUCAUCUUUCUUUACCUGAAUUAGAGACGGGGUGUUUCUCCACUGUCUUGCCCAAGGUGGUAAAAGUGUUUGCCAGUCUUCUGGAAGAAAUCAGCAAGCAAAUUGGAGGCCUCUCUAGUCAGAACACAGAGCUGCAUGUGUUUUUGAGAAAUAUUUUGAAGCUGAUGGUCCAGACACUGGAGUCUCUCUCUGGCUGUGUGCGUCGUGUCUGUUCCUUUGAAGAGUCUGUCUCAUUUGAUGCCAUUCGCUCUCUGCCCUCUUGCAUUCUCAGUGUCCUAAAGGACACCUUCCAGCACUGCAAGGACAGUGAGGUCAUGUACAGUGGAAGGCUGUCAUUGGUGGGCGAUCUGCUUCAGAGCCUGUUUAAAGAGGCCUAUUCCUUGCAGAAGGGCUUGAUGGAACUGUUGGACAAAAUUAACUUGGAGGACACUGCUUCUGAAGAGGAAGUGUCGGAUAUUAUCACAGUGAUUCACAGUCUGCUGGACAUAUGCUCAAUCAUAUCCAGAUUGGACAUUGCGCUACAUGCAAACACAUGGAAAUUUAUCAUAAAACAGAGUGUGAAAUAUCAGUCUCUUGUAGAAGAUCGGCUUCGACACACUGACAUAGCCUUAUCGUUGUGUGAAGACCUAUAUACAUCUGUCCAGAACUGUCUUGAGCUAGCUCAACAGAUCCAACAGGCAGGCCUACAGGAAGUUGUGCACUGUCCAGAAUACAAGCUUUUCCAAAAAGCAACAAAGAUGUGUAGGUUUUUUGCCAACACAUUAUUCCACUACACAAAGGAAUUUAAAGCAUUUCUUGCCAAGUCAUGCUGUCGAUUUCACCAGUUGUAUCUCCAAAUCCACAGCAAGUUCCCUCCCUCUGUGUGUGCCCCGUCUGUGCCCUCUGCCCUCAGUGAGGAGUUGAGAGUGGCGGUUCUGGUUCCCAUGGAUGCCAUGCUGACACAGCUGCUCUCCUUCCGACCCUUUGCAGAAUCUGUCCUGGAACCAGUUCACCAGUGCAGUACAGAGCUUUGUCUACCACAGUGUCUGCUACUGGUGAAUGUUCUGGGUAAACUCUCCUCCCAGCCAGAGGAGGUGCUGCGGCUGUGGAGUGAUGGCAGCCAGUUUUCGGAGGAAAAUCCCAGAUGGUCUGUGUUUGAGGCAGUGUUGCAGAGUUUUCGGCGGUGUAUGUUGGAGCGUGCCGUGCCGGUGUGGUUGCCGGGGGUAAUGCUGCGAGGGCAGGCUCAGGGUAGAGUCAGUCUGCACCAGCAUGUGUGCGCGCAUAUGUGUGCUUGUGUGGCUGCUCUGCCUGCUCAGCACUUCGCUCCAUUGGAGCGGUCAUUAUUAGCCACUGUAUUGCAGGCAGAAACGCAGACGGCUGUUUUGGCCACAGAUGUCUGGUGCUUCCUGGCACGGUAUGGCACAGCCGAGUUGUGUUUUCAUCAUGUUCUCCUUAUUGCUCACCUGAUAAGGUCAUGUCCUGGAGAGGGUUAUCAGCUGUUUCACUUGGCCCUGCUGCUUAGACGUUUGCUAUUUCUCAUGACACCAAAACACCAGGUGGAGUUUGUGGAGCAUUUCCCUCCUGCUCAGGAGGAGAACCUGUGUGUGUGGCGCCACACUCUGCUGAGGUGUCUGUGCACAGAGGCACAUAUGCGGGUGGAGAAAGAGGUGCUUUCUGGGGCUUCUGUUGUGCUGCAGGAAUGGCAGAAUAACAGCUACAGGAUGGGAGAUAUACCGAAACUUAACCGUAUACUAGGCUGUGUGCUGAUGUUGAUGGGAGGAAGCAACCUGCAGCCUGAGUGUGUGAUAACUUCUGUGAAGAUCAUCUCUCAGCUGUGGAGUCGCAUGAGUAGCAACCAGGUGCAGGUUCAUCCUCCUCUCCAGUGCACUGUAAAGUUACUCCUGUCAAUAUCAGCUGUUCUGAUCAAAAGUAUAGAGCCACAUGUCAUUGUUCAGGCUGUUUCCUGUUUGAGUGGGUUGACUAGCCAGAAAUGCCCUGAUGACCUUCUUUUAGCUGCUUUGGAGUUCCUUGCUUCCAUGGGAAGAGUGUUUAUUUCUCCAAAUAUUCAGUGCCAAGUUUUGCCAAGAAUCAGUGGUUUGUUUAAUGGUCUCCUGACUCACCCAUCCUGGCUGAUCCUCCAUCAUGUCCUGGAGGCCUUUGGCCUCUUUGCAGAGAUAACCAACCAUGAGGAAGUGAUUUCUCAGACAUUGACAUCAGAGGAGAUCAAAACCAAAGUGUUAAACUUCCUCAGUAAGACCGUCUCACACCAGGAGUCUGAGGAAGCAAGACUAGAGCGUCUGAAGGAGUGGAGGAGUAUAAUAGAGAAACACAUUGAGCAAAUGGAGCGUGAGACCAGCUCACCUGUACACACACCACUUACUGAGGAGCCAUGUCUGAAGAGGGCAAGACAGGAGACAGAAGUAGAAAAGGAGUAUGAGCGAUACCUCCAGACAGCAGAAAGUGCCUUGAAAGCCCUGCAGGCAAUCGUGGGGCCAGACCACAACCCGUCCCCGCCACAGUGGAUCAGAACCAGACUUGAAGUCUUACAGACACUGAUAACUCAAAUCAACACCACUGCAAUAGAGCAGCCGUGACUCAGCUACAACACCUCUACCUAUGGCUGCUUUUAACAUAAUGCUGUCUUUGUUCCAUGUCACUACAUUUACUAAAGUCACCCAAGAUAUUUGUAUAAAAGUUGUAUUUUUUUAAGUUUAUAUGGAAAAGAGUCACUCCAAAGAUCAUUACAUUUAUUAAACUUCAUUAAGAUGU